AUGACAAAAGCAGUUCAAUAUCACGAACGAAUAACGGAUAUUCAACAAGCACGUGAUCAUAUAAAGGAACAAAUUGAAAAGAACGUGUUGAAUACUGUAGAACUGGAAGGAAAUGAUCAAGACAAUCACCCAGUAGAGUGUGUUCCCGUUGAAACUAUUGAAAUGAUUUCGGAAUUGAACCUUGAUCAAAAGCGGAUAUUUGAUAAAGUUACUAAGUCCUUGACGUCUAACAAUGACAUUCUCAGACUUUAUAUUAUGGGAAAAGACACAGCAGUAACUGCUCCUACUGGAAUCGCAGCUUUUAAUAUUGAAGGUCUUACCAUACACCGAUUGUUUCAAUUACCUGUAGAACAUGGCCAUACAGCCCAGUAUAGACAACUUAGCGACGCAGCCCUUCAAAUUGUACGAGAUCAACUCAAAAAUGUUGCUUUAGUAAUCAUCGAUGAAAUUUCGAUGGUUUCUAACGUAACUUUCCUAUACAUACAUUUGCGACUUGCAGAAAUAUUUGAUACUACAGAUUCCGGUGAUGGUUGGUUCGGAAAAAAGCCUAUGCUACUAUUUGGUGACUUACUACAACUUCCUCCUGUUCAUGAAGAACCUGCUUUUAUACAAUUAUCAAAUAAGGUUAUGGAGAAAAAUGUUGGAGGAUUAGGUUCUUAUAAUUUAUGGUCUGCCUUGUUUAGCUACGACGAAUUGACAAUAAAUAUGCGACAGCAGGGUGAUAAUGUUUACAAGGAUAUCUUGUCGAGAAUUCGUACUGGAGUAGUGAUCAAUUCGGAUACAAAGGAAUUAUGUGAUUAUAUGCUUCAUGUGGGAUCUAAUACGGUGUGUUUGCUUCCUACAUGUGUUCAGUGUGAUGUUUUGAACACUGCAAUGUUAAGUCGAUUUCCAUCUGAAGAAAUCCAUUUGAUUGCUCAAGAUACAAUGAAUUGUGCACCGUACUUGAAAAAAAAGGUGUCGAAGGUACUAAACAAUAAUGACGAUGAUAGCUCCCGAACGGCGGGGCUAUCAAGGAUCAUAAUUGUUAAAGUAGGAGUGCAAAUCAUGAUUAGAAGAAAUAUUGAUGUUACACUAGGUCUUGUCAACGGUACCAUUGCUAAACUUGUUUCAGUGACACGAGGUGUUGAUAAUGACGUAGAAAAAUUGAAAAUUAUAUUACCCACGAGGCAGGAACAUAUAAUAGAACCUGUAAGUGUUAAAUUUGUAAACUAUGGUUUAACUAUUCACAAAAGUCAAGGACUAAGCUUGCAAAAUGCUGUCAUAGAAGCAAGUAAUUCAAUAUUUACUUGUGGGCAAAUUUACGUUGCUCUUUCUCGGAUGACCACAUUACAAGGACUGCAUCUUAUCAAUUAUGAUCCAUCUUCCGUAAAGGCACAAGAAUCGGCUAUAAUAGAGUACAAUAGAUUGCGAACAAAAUAUAGACCUGAUCUUAUGACUAUUUCAAUUUCUAAAAACCGUGUUCGCAAUGUUCGUGAUGCUGUUUGGGCAGUACCUAAUUAUAAUGAUGUAUCUGAAUGUCAGAGUACUAAUGAUUACACCGUGGAUAACACUCAGUACUACGUAAGAGGUCUCCCGAAUUCUGAUG